CGUACGAUGACCCAAGAUGGCGGAGCCCGUGAUUGAAAACCCAGAUUCAAGAUGGCGACUUCCUGCUUCCCCGAUAGCGUCGCGCGUGGCCACCGAGGCCACGCCUACUUCCGGCUAUCCCGGCUACUCCCGCUCAGCAUGGCUGCUUUAGCGACUGUUCUCUUCACAGGUGUCCGGAGGCUGCACUGCAGCACAGCAGCUUGGGCGGGCGGCCAGUGGCGACUACAGCAGGGACUGGCUGCCAACCCCUCCGGCUACGGGCCCCUUACAGAGCUCCCAGACUGGUCAUAUGCGGAGACGAGUUAUACUGCUGUCACAGGAAAUGGACGCUGGAUUACAAGCAUGGCAGCUGAGGCAGCAGAAGUUGCAGGAAGAACAAAGGAAGCAGGAAAAUGCUCUUAAACCCAAAGGGGCUUCACUGAAGAGCCCACUUUCAAGUCAAUAAAAAGCAACUCCUGCCUCCCUUCCUCAGCCUCUCUCUGGAUUUCUUUUCUAUCACCUAGAUGCUUCAUGCAGCCAGAAGAGAGCCUUCACGUUCCCCAUCUGUCUUCAGAGCAAAAGAGCUGGGACACCAAGAACAAGCUGUUAGAUCACUGCCUGGGAGGCUUGGCUUAGUGCCCUCAUCUCUGGUUCCAUUCCAGUUCAGCUAAGUCUUGCUUUAAAAUUUUUACCUCCUAGCUAGGCGCAGUGGCUCACACCUGUAAUCCCAGCACUUUGGGAGGCUGAGGUGGGCAGAUCACAAGGUCAGGAGUUCGAGACCAGCCUGGCCAACAUGGUGAAACCCCAUCACUACUAAAGAUACAAAAAAUUAGCCAGGCGUGGUGGGGUGCGCUUGUAAUCCCAGCUACUCAGGAGGCUGAGGCAGGAGAAUCGCUUGAACUCAGGAGGUAGAGGUUGCAGUGAGCCGAGGUCAUGCCAUUGCACUCCAACCUGGGCGACAGGGCGAAACUCCAUCUCAAAAAAAAAAAAAAAUUUUUUUACCUCCUUUGCAGGCCAUAGGACUAGCCCAACUAUGAGAAAUAGCUGUUCUGUGAACAUGAAAAGGGGACAGCAGUUUUCCUGGUUCUAGCCAGGCACUCAAGCCUUUAACAGCCCAUACACAGUUUAAGCCAUGUACAGCUGGCAUCUAAUAAACGUUUUCAUGAAAAAGA